AUGGAUACAACCAACGGUUCUUUUGUGACAAUCCUUCCCCAUGAGCUUCUGGACCAAGUCUUUUCAAGGUUGUCAUGGAGUCAAUGCAUACAAUGCACCCGUGUAGCUCGCUCUUGGCGAUCCUUUUUAUUGUUUCAGUGGAACGGGUUAUGGCAUAGUCUUUCAGACCUCGAAUGCAGCCUUCCAAACGACUUGCUUCCCUAUACGUCCUAUAUCCAAGGCAACGAUGUACGCUCUCUACACAUCCAUCGACGUCAAACAGCCAAAUCGGAUGUCCUUUGUUUCCUUAUCAACCAGGGAUGUUGUUCCAUACGACAAGUGCAUUUGAGUUGGGAAUUUGAUUUGUAUGGAUUUCUUCAGCUGACGGGAAACAGCAUCACCAGCAUGACGCUUUCACAUUUGCAUACGUUGAUACCGAGUACUGUGCUUGAUAUCGUAUUUCGAUUUUGUCCCAAUCUCAUUGAUAUUGAAUACCGUGUCACCAGCAAAGACAUGGCAUAUGGCGCUUGGUCAUUUCCCAUCAUGCAUGAGUAUUUACAAAGUAUCGAUUUGCGAUUCGGUGGGCGUGUGGAUUUCCCGCUUGAGCAAUUAUUACCCCAGCUCCCAGCAUUACGCCGCAUUAGUCUUAGCCCACGCAACUUUUCAAUGCCAAGUCGAGUAUUACAACUCUUACAUCAAUACGCCCCUCAGCUUGACUCGAUUCAUUUUUGCGAUUGGCUACCAUCCAACACCGAUCAAUUCAUGCUCACAGUGGAUGUUCAUCAUAGCGCAUCAUCACGUGUACUUUGGCUAUUACAACAAACACAUGCAUCCCUCCAGGCACUUGGGUUGCGUUUUAUUGUGAAAUCCACAGCGGUCACCAUGGCAUGCUUGCUAGCACUCGAUUUCCCUCAUCUUAGGAAACUACGUCUUUGUUUCUGCAACGGCUUGCCUGCUCGUCAACAAGAUGUUGCCCUUGUGCUUGAUCAUUGUCCACGCCUUGAGGAAUUGGGUUUAGGUGGUAUCAGCUUGAGUGCAAAGGAAUUAGUGGUUGCUAUUGCCAGCUUACGCAAGCUCAAAGUGCUACAUCUCACACGACUACGACAUGCCACCACUGAAACGACGCUUUGUUCCUUGUUUGAUACAAUGGCGAGUCGCCAUCAGCUGAUCAUGCUCCAUUUGGAACGUCUCACACACGUGACGGGCGAUGUGCUGGAUAUGGUCUGUGCGAGACUAACCAAUUUGCGGGUGCUACAUAUCAAACGGUGUCUUGGUAUCACAGACAAUGCACUACGCCAUUUGGCAGAUCAAUUGAAAAAAUCAACGUUGCAGGAAUUGGUGUUAUCAACAGGGUUCACGAUUAGUGAUAGCGCAAUGAAAUACGCUCGAGAAGAAUUGGGUAACCGCGUCAAAUUGAUGGAUGCUUCAAUGCAAAUGGAUGACAGCGAUACUUCCAGUGACAAUGACUUUGAUUGA